AAUUUAGCGGUGCUCAGUUAGUGGUCAGUGCCCGAGACAGAUGGGACAGCAGGCUACUCUGCGGACACUUUAACCAGCUCACCUCAGAGCGCUCGGCAAAACAAGACAAAAGAAACAUAGGACAGAGAAAAGACCCACAACUUCCAGAAGAAAUAAACACAUCUUUCUUCAUUUUCUUGCAUAGAGAAGUUCAGAAAAACUGAUACAUUCUGACGGGGACGGACAUUUGUAAAAACUGACUUAAGGAUGCAGGACGGGAGCUGGAAUGACACACUCCCCAUCUCUCUGCUAAUGAAAGAGGCGUGUCCUCCAGGGGGUGUAUCUUUAGAGGGGGAUGGGGGCAUGCUUUCAGUGCCACCUCUUGAUGGCGAGGUUUACUUGGACUCAGUGGCUGAGCUUGAAAGUGGGGAUGGGGACUUUUCAGAACUUUCUGCUUUCCUGAGCCAGGACGAGAUCAGCCUUAGUCUGGACCUGGCUCGUGAAGCCAUGAGUGAUGUAGAUGACCCAAAUGACCAAGAUGAACCCCCUGUUCCCAGCGAGCACCUGCCCCAUUCCUCAGGAACCAAAGACACUGCUCUCCCAGAUCCAGCAUCUCAGUCAACAGAUACCACAUCAAGUAAAGUCACAUCCAAUCAGAGCAUGCCACUCAGCAGGCCUAACCAGCGCUCCACUACUCUUACAUCACCCGAAAAGUUUGUCUGCCAAAAAUCCAUCACACCAGUAUAUAAGCAGGACCGUCCCCGGCUGGUUCACAGAGGACUAGAGCUCAACGAACGAGCUGCUUCAGCUACUGAGUUCUGCAGCCGAGCUGCUACCUUCAUUGAAGAGCUCUCUUCCAUCUUCAAAGGCUCCACACGUGUGGACCAGCAAGGUGAUGAAGAAUCCUCUUCACCUGACAGUGGCUACUUGUCUCCAAGGAGUCAUCGGCUGGCCAUGCAGCAGGCUCAGCCACCUUCAUCCUCUUCAUCUCAGCUCCAGCAGGAAAGUACGCACCAGGGACUGGCUGAUGUUGGGUCAGAAGAUCAUCUGGGCCGAGGGGUAAGUCUAGAUGGUCCCAUGGCUCCUCCACACUUCACCCAGAAACUGAAGAGCCAGGAAGUGGCAGAAGGAAGCCCUAUUCGCCUUGAAUGCAGAGUGACUGGAAACCCUCUUCCACUAGUCAGGUGGUUUUGUGAGGGGCGGGAGCUGCACCACUGCCCUGAUAUCCAGAUCUGUCGUAAUGGUGACUUGCACACUCUGGUGAUAACUGAAGCAUUUGAAGACGACACUGGCAGGUACACCUGCGUAGCUUCCAACGCACUGGGAGCAGACAACACCUCUGCAGAGGUCUAUAUUGAAGGCACUUCUUCCUCAGACUCAGAAGGAGAAGGAUCUGUGUCGAAGUCUAGGUCCGGAGCCAUGCCACA